CCUCAACAAAAACACCUCCCUUCACAGAACAACGCCUCCUAAAUUCUUUCUUCUCAUACUCAUACCCAUACCUGACUCAAACUUGUGUCUCGUUCUUUCCUCACACGAAAACAUACUCACCACAACACCUUCUAGUUUCAACCAAGCACGAUUUAACCAAACAUAAUGGGUGACGCUACUGUUAACGGUGACAUGCCUUCAUCCGCCGUCCUUUCGCAUCUCCAAUCCUACCCCGUCGUCUCCGACACCAUCAAGACCGUCCAGGGCAACCCAUAUGGCGCCAAAUCCAUCGACCUGACCAACGCCGGCUACGCCAAGUUCGUCAAGCCUACCCUCCCUUACUUCGAGACUCCUGCCUCGUACGCGAAGCCCUACGUCGCCAAGGCCGACGAGCUCGGCGACAAAUUCCUGUCCAAGUUCGACGAGCAGGUCCCCAUCGUCAAGUCCGAGACCAAGGACAUUCAAAACACUGUCUUCAGCUACAUCCAAUACCCCUUCGUCAAGGCCAAUGACACCAAGGACUGGGCUUUCAAGACCUACGAUGACGAGUACAAGAAGUGCGGUGGCGACGGUGUCGUUGCCGGCGGCAAGGCUAUGGUCACCACUUCGCUCGUCUUGACCUCCGACGUGCUCAAGUGGGUCAGCAGUUUCCUCCAGCAAAAGAAGGAGGAGGCCAAGGGAAUGGCUAAAGAUGCCCAGCAGAAGGCAAGCAACUAAGUUACUUGGAUUGGUACAAAUACAAAAUGGUCCAGCUACAGUAACUUGACGAAUGAUACCCACAGGGACCAAUCAUGGUGGACAGGGCGAUUGGAGCCCGGACUGGCUUGACUGUUUAUGAUCUGGAAUGGUUAUUGUCCCUACGAUUCAAAAGUCUCGAUGAAGUCAGGGCGGGCGCUGGUGGCAGCAGGGGGCGGUGCCAUGUAUUGGUCAUUGAGAACCAAAUGAGCGAGGACGACUGUCUUCGGACGAUGCAACACUACUCAUUGAGGAUCGCAUUCUUGGUGCUUUCCUGAUAUUUUCCUCUCAAGGACCUUUUAUCUUCUUGUCGGGAGCGGAGCGUAGAUACACUUAGUGUUCAGAAUUGGGAAUGAAUCGAAUUGCUAGUUAGCAUUGAAUCUGUUUCUAUCAA